AAAAAGACCCUCGAGUUGCGUGAUCGCGUCCUCUGGGAUCGCGCAUGCCUCACCUCCAACACUGUCUCUAUUUCCCUCCCUCGUCACCAAUGCAAUGCAGACAGUAAAGAGCCAACAACAGUGCAUUAAAGAGCCAACAACAGUGCAUUGAAGAGCUGACAACAGUGCAUUGAAGAGCUGACAACAGUGCAUUGAAGAGCCAACAACAGCACCGCGAAAUAAACUCUCCAACACUAGGACGAAAUAACUGAGGAGAGGCUGAUAUUAUCCGCGCGGGCUACAAGACAAGAUGCGAUGGCUCUGCCUGCACGGACGAGGCACCAGUGCACAGAUCUUUGAGAUGCAGACAGCUCGCAUUCGCCAGGCUCUGGGCCCGGACCACGACUUCGUCUUCGUUAACGGCACGGUGGCAACAGAGCCCGAUGCAGGUGCUGCCGAUGUCGCCAGCGAGUUCUUUGGCUACCUCACGGACGGCAUCCACGGUGCCGGCCGGCAAAACUACCUCGAGCUCUGGCACGGGCUGGCGGACGUAGUGGCUAGCCAGGGUCCAUUUGAUGGGCUGAUGGGCUUCUCCGAGGGCGGCACCGUGGCGGCCAUGAUGCUCGUCGGCGGCGCGCGGCACGGCAGCGGCUCCUCUUUCAGCGGUUUCAAGUGUGCCGUGCUGUUCAGUGCGGCGGCCCCCGCGGACCCCGACGUCGUCGACACGGGAGUCGUCCGGCGACUCGACGCGGCCGACGACGGCGCGCUGGUCAAGAUCCCGACUGCCCACCUGUGGUCCAGGCACUGCGCGCCUGGCGAGUCCCAGGUGCACCAGGCACUGGCCCAGCUGUGCGAGGCCGACGUGCGCCAGGUGUGUCUCCACGGCCUGGCCCACGACGUGCCGGGGUCCAAGCCGGGCGACGAUGAGGGCCUGCAGGGGGUGCUGAAGGCCAUUGAACGCACCAUUGAGAGUGCAGAUUGUGCGUAG